AUGAAACGCUGGUACAAUGAAUUCAAUCGUGGUCGUCGUUCGCUCAAAGACGAGCCCCAUGAAGGUCCAAAAUCAGUUGUUCCACAAAACAUCGAUGCUGUCAGAGACAUGAUAAUGAAAGAUCGUCAUGUGACAUACCAUGACGAGUCAUGGAUUUAUGCAUAUGAGCUCGAAACAAAACAGCAGUUGACUGUAUGGAUACAAAGUGAAGAUAAUCUAACAAUAGUUGUUCGAGCUAGAAGUGUUGCGAAGCAAAUGGUCGCCUGUUUUCUCGCGAUAAGUGGACAUGUGGUAACCGUUCCACUAGAGGAUCCACAAAUAACUCAAUUUUUGACCAGUCAAAACAUCGAUCUGAUGGGUCAUCCGCCGUACAGUCCUGAUUUGGCACCCAAUGACUUCUUUUUGUUCCCGAGCGUGAAGAAAAAACUACGUGGUCAACGAUUUUUGACACCAGAAGAUGCAGUUGAAGAUUUGGAUUUGCUUCUGGAACCGGUCGAUGGAAUGUACAUCGAAGAGUCCAUAUCAAAUCGAUCAAAAUCUGGAAGUAUUUGGGACCCAACUUCUCACAAAGUCGUAUAA